GCAGUUAAGAAAGGGAGCCUGAGACUGUCCAGGACCUCCCCUUCCUGUAUCUACGGAAGGUCCUCAGGAGACGCAGAUGUGUGUAGUUGUCCAUACAGCAGCCUCGACAGCAGAGGGAUCUCAGCGGCCUCCCGACAGCCAAAAUAUCCCAUCGAGACCACGGGAAAUAUGGGAUGUAUAAAAUCAAAAAGGAAAGACAAUCUGAAUGACGAUGGAAUAGAUAUGAAGACUCAACCAGUACGUAAUACUGACCGAACUAUUUAUGUGAGAGAUCCAACGUCCAAUAAACAGCCAAGGCCAGUUCCAGAAUCUCAACUUUUACCGGGACAGAGAUUUCAAGCAAAAGAUCCAGAGGAGCACGGGGACAUUGUGGUGGCCUUGUACCCCUAUGAUGGCAUCCACCCAGAUGACUUGUCCUUCAAGAAAGGAGAAAAGAUGAAAGUCCUUGAAGAGCAUGGGGAGUGGUGGAAAGCUAAGUCCCUGUCAUCCAAGAGAGAAGGCUUCAUCCCCAGCAACUACGUGGCCAAGGUCAACACCUUAGAAACCGAAGAGUGGUUCUUCAAGGACAUAACGAGGAAAGAUGCAGAACGUCAGCUGCUGGCCCCAGGGAACAGUGCAGGAGCUUUUCUGAUCAGAGAAAGUGAAACUUUAAAAGGAAGCUUUUCUCUGUCUGUCAGAGACUAUGACCCCGUGCAUGGUGAUGUUAUUAAGCACUACAAAAUUAGAAGCCUGGACAACGGUGGCUAUUACAUCUCUCCACGGAUCACUUUUCCCUGCAUCAGUGACAUGAUUAAGCAUUACCAAAAGCAGUCUGAUGGCCUAUGCCGAAGAUUGGAGAAGGCAUGCAUUAGUCCCAAACCACAGAAGCCAUGGGAUAAAGAUGCCUGGGAGAUCCCCCGAGAGUCCAUUAAGUUGGUGAAAAAGCUCGGCGCAGGACAGUUUGGGGAAGUCUGGAUGGGUUACUAUAACAACAGCACAAAGGUGGCUGUCAAGACCCUCAAGCCGGGCACCAUGUCUGUGCAGGCAUUCCUGGAAGAGGCCAACCUCAUGAAGACCUUGCAGCAUGACAAGCUGGUGCGACUCUAUGCCGUGGUCACCAAGGAAGAGCCCAUCUACAUCAUCACUGAGUUCAUGGCCAAGGGCAGCUUGCUGGAUUUCCUCAAAAGUGAUGAAGGUGGCAAGGUGGUGCUCCCAAAGCUCAUUGACUUUUCAGCGCAGAUUGCAGAGGGCAUGGCAUACAUCGAGCGGAAGAACUACAUUCACCGUGACCUGCGAGCCGCCAACGUCCUCGUCUCGGAGUCGCUCAUGUGCAAAAUUGCGGACUUUGGCCUUGCCAGAGUAAUUGAAGAUAACGAGUACACAGCGAGGGAAGGUGCUAAGUUCCCCAUCAAGUGGACAGCCCCAGAGGCCAUCAAUUUUGGCUGCUUUACUAUCAAGUCUGACGUGUGGUCCUUCGGAAUUCUCCUGUAUGAGAUCGUCACCUAUGGGAAAAUUCCCUACCCAGGGAGAACCAACGCGGAUGUGAUGAGUGCACUGUCACAGGGCUACCGGAUGCCGCGCAUGGAGAACUGCCCAGAUGAGCUAUAUGACAUCAUGAAAAUGUGUUGGAAAGAGAAGGCGGAGGAGAGGCCAACGUUUGACUACUUACAGAGCGUCCUGGAUGAUUUCUACACUGCCACGGAAGGGCAGUAUCAGCAGCAACCCUAGUGGGCACCGAGACCUACCCUCUGUAGUUAGUAGGAAAAGCAGCCUUUGGGUGCAGCUAAUCAUCUCGUGCCAGGACCCACUGUGUUCCUGGUUCCUGGUGGACAGGAUGAAUCAACUCAGGAAGAACACCCUGGACUUGGGAUACUGUUUCUUAAAUGUGCGGUCACUGCUCAGCGGGACCACAGUCAGAAUACGAACACCUCCUCUCUCCAAUAUGUGCCACACUGAUCUACAUGGGCUUAGUGACUCAGGUUCAGAGACUGUUGCAACACAUUCCCAGAUGCAGCAAGGACUAAACUCACUUAGCAAAAAUAACCCUGUGCACGGCAGAUGAUCCUUUACCCUGGCAAUGCUUUCGCUCACUUUAAAAAAAAAAAAAAAAACAAACUACUAAUCCAGCCUGUUAGAUUUUUACAGGUGAAGCCACGAGCUUUAAAAUGUCUUUUCUAAAUUUGAACCUUUUUUUUUUUUUUUUGCUUUGGAGAUUUGAUUACUCCCCACCUCCCACCCUACCCCCUUUCUGAGACUGUCAAACAUUCUCCUCUGUGGUAAGAUGGCUGGACAGGAGGCAGCUUGUGCCUGUCAGGCCGGAGUGUGGUAUAUGGGCACACAGAACAACCACUGCUGAACUGAAGUCCUUUGGAGCUGCACUGCCACCCAGACCUCUCCGCGGACCUCUGCCCCAUGGAAGAAUGUUUCUAAUGGUCCGGGCAUUUCAAUUACAAGAUUCUCUAAAGGCUGUUUGAUGGUGUCCUUUGGGAGAACUGUAAACGUCUAAUCUGCCAGUACCUUACAAGGCCUUCCAAAAAUGCAAAGCAUUUCUUUCAUUGCCUCAAGUGACUUGAACAUUUAUAAAUCAUAUAUUUUAGUUGUACUCUAAGAAGUUAAAAUGCCAUAUUAGGGGCUAUUUUCAUGAUUCAGUAACCUUUUUUCUAAAUUGUGUAAGGCGUGUGUGAGACUAUUUACACCUAGGUAGGAAGGAGGCAACCAUGGAGAAACUGCUGGAGACCAGAGCUGUCGCCUGGGUUUUCUACUGCAAACUCCAACUGAAAAUCGUUAUGUCUGCCCCCAUUUCAUUUAGGCUAUUGUGUACAUACUUAAUAUUUCUAUUUUUGAUUUUAUUUUAAUACACUCAAUAACCUCUUGAGAUUUUUGUCUUGUGUAUCAGAUCGUCAACUCUUGUCAGUGUAUAAACAAGAGCCAGUUGGUGAGAAACGGGAGAGGA